AUGCCCGACCAGACCCUUGCAGGCAAGGUUGCUAUUGUGACUGGCUCCAACACAGGAAUAGGCGCUGCUAUCGCUCAGGAGCUCGCAUCCCGAGGCGCAAGCGUCGUUGUCAACUACCCCUUCCCAGCCCUUGCCGAGGAAGCGCAGAAGGUUGUCUCGGGCCUGCCCACAGGAUCGACCUCUGUCGCCGUCGAGGUAGAUCUGUCGACAGAGAAUGGGCCCCAGCAGCUCAUAGACGCCGUGGUGGCAAAGUACAAGACCAUCCACAUCCUCGUGAACAACGCCGGCCUGGCCGUCAACAAGCCCCUCCCGCAGCAGACACUCGGCGACUGGGACAAGCUGGUGGGCCUGAACGCGCGGGCCGUCUUCCUGCUCGUCCAGGCCGUCCUGCCGCACCUGCCUACCCCGUCGCCGUCGACGCAGGAGAGGCCGCAGACGGACGGCGGCCGCAUCGUCAACAUCGUGUCCAUCUCGUCGCGCGCGGCGCCACCGCUGCAGACCAUCUACGCCGGCACCAAGGGCAUGGUCGACAGCAUGACCAAGGUCUGGGCCAAGGAGCUCCCGCCCCGCUACGGCUGCACCGUCAACGCCGUGUCGCCCGGCCCGACCAUGACGGCCGGCUUCGCGGCCGCCGGUGACGAGUUCAUGAAGGAGAUGGCGCCCGUCAUGGCCCAGACGCCCGUGGGCCACCGGAUGGCGCUGCCCGAGGAGAUCGCCUUCGGGGUUGGCUUCUUGUGCGAGCCACGGGCGAGCUGGAUUAACGGGUUGCACCUGAAUGCGAGUGGUGGGUUGCACAUUGAGUAA